CUAUAAUUUUAAUAAUAUUACUCAAUAUUGCCAUGUGUUGUUUUUAAAGAAAGAAAAAAGAAGCAUAUUAUAAAUUUUUAUACAAAUAGAGAUAUUGAAUUAAUCCUGAACACAACUUUUUACCUUUUACAUUUUUGAUUACAUCAUGCAGUUAUCUCAAUUGAAAAAGCGAAGAGAACGAACAUUGCGUGUGCAUCUUCCUCACGUAAUAAAAGAUAGAAAAGAUAUUGAAUGUUUGUUUACGGGUAAUUUUUAUGUAAAAUUACCACGACAAUCCAGUAGAUCAUGUCAUGUUGUAUUCUCCAGCAUGGAGGAAAAAAUAAUGAAUUAUAAAUCUGCAAAGGGCAAAACAAUUAAUGGCAAGCGAAUUGUUAUUCAGCCAUUACGUGCUCUUGAAUUUAGAGAAAAAACCAUGAAGAUAAAAAAAAAGAAAGUUUUUAUCCCUGAAAUCAAACCAGAUAUUAAAGUGACACAAACAAUAUUUGUCUCGAAUGUACCAAUUGGUAUAAAAUCAGAUGAAAUAAAAGGUGCUCUUCCAGGAUGUGUCCAAGUUACUUUAUUAAAAGCUUAUAAUAAAGAUUUUAGGAGUGCAAUGGCAAAAAUGGAAAGUAUCCAAAUAGCAGCAGAAUAUUUAAAGGAAAAACAUAAGUGGCCUGUUUUUGAAGGACACAAAACUUGCUUAAAAUCAGAUACAAGAAAGAAACAUAAAAAAAGAAGUUUUACUAAUACACUAAAAAUUUAUAAUGAAGAUACAAUAGAGGAGUUGAAUUUUGAUAAGAAAGCUCAGACUAAUAAUGUAAAAGUAGCAGUUAAAUAUAAUUAA